AACUGGUGCGGACGUAAUUGUUUUGUGUUGGUUUUCGUUACACGUUUCAUUUACCUUUUCAAUAAUCGAAUUUGUUGAAAUCUAAAUUUUUUAAUAAAAACUUAAUUUUAAUAUUUGAAGUUCUUUCAUAUUACAUACAUAACACUUUGAACAAACUUUUUUCGGCGGCUUUCGCGUAAAAUUAUCUUUUCAUGUGCUUACUUUGGAUGUGAAAUAAAAAUGUUCUAAAUAUUUUGUGUCAGCAUUAUUUUAAACGUAAGGUGUAUCCGGUGAAGAAUAAAGGAAAAAUUGCUAUCGUGUGUACUAAACAAGGAAUAAUUUAAUAUAAAAAAAUUUGUGCAUAUUAUGAAAAAUUUGUGUUUGAAUAUUUUUAAGUUAUAAAAUUUAUACUGAUUAAAAAUGGGGUUUUUUCAUCCCCAAACAGAAUUUAGAAAAAGAUUUUUGAUAUUUCUAAUGGUGGUACAAAUAAUUGGAAUUCAAUUAAAUUGUUAUGCAGAGAGAUUUCAAGACACAGACCUCGUAUUUGACGACAUUUUCGAAAAUGAAGAUAAUAGCAAAAAUAUAUCGGAGACAAUAACCGACUCGAAAAGUAAACUUUUAUACGAUAACGAAAAGCAAGAAAUUAAAAGUGAUGUAUACUUGACAAACGAGCUUUUUGAUAUUUCUGAAGAAAAUGAUAUUGAUAAUGACGCAAAUGCGAACAUAGAAUUUCCGAUUGAAAAGGAAGAUGAUUCGCAAAGCUCCAGUUGGUUGGUUCGUGGUGUAAAUCGUGUGAAACGGGAAAUAUCCCGUAUGCUUGGCAACAAUGAUGAAGGAAAAGGAAGAAAAAGAAAUAAAACAAACAAAAUUGAAAAUUUAAAAAAAAGUAAAAAGUUUAAUAAAUUUAGCAAGAAGACAACCGAUAUUGAUGUGAAUGUAAAUAAAGAUAAAAAUAGUUUUAAAAAAAGACGAGAUAUUUUUGACAUUUUCAACUUUGGAGAUUAUUCAAAAGUAGAAGGCUCAGGAAAUGACGGUGAUGAUAGUGAAACUGAACCAUUGGAUGUUAAUUUUUAUCGAGUAAUGUUUACAUCACGUGAACUAUGGAGCGAGGGAUUUAGAGAGCGUGCUUCACACGAUUUCCAAAGGUUACAAAAGCAAGUAAAAAAUGGUUUUGAAAUGUUAUUUAACGACAACUAUGCACAUUUUACUGAUAUGGGUUACGAUCUAGAAGCAACUUUAGUUGAAGCAACUCAAACCAAUGAUCUUUUCAAAACAUACUUGACUGCAGAUUUAAAAGUAAAAGGCAAUGUCAAUGCGGAUGAUUUAUCAGAUAUUAUUGAAAAUAAAUUGAAUUCGCUAGAAUUAGGGGACCUUCUUGUACAGAGAGACGAAAAUUUUUCAUUUUUAAAAAUUUCAGAAAAUGAAUUUGACGAUCCUAAAUCAAUAAUUCAUCGAGUUAGUUCAAAUCAAUGUAUUGGUGGAUUUCAAUGCGUUAGGAGUAGAGAAUGCAUAUCUCCUAAUCAAAGAUGCGAUAAUUUUCAGAAUUGUCAGGAUGGCAGUGACGAAGAAAAUUGUGAAGACCAUAUUUCACACCCGCAUCCUACGGAGUACGAAGUUAAUACUUGGGAAAAUGUAAAUACAGUUAAGGAAAACGAAGCAAGUGGGGACUUUGGCUCGGAAACUGAAUCAUCUAUUGGUCAUAGCUCUAAUCGCUGUGAUGAAAUUUUCGUUUGCCCAAUAUCUGGUAAAGAAAUUUGUAAUAUUCAGCUUUGCGAUGGUAACCAAGAUUGCCCACACGGCGAAGAUGAAAAUGAAAUGAAAUGUGACGAAAGAGGAUGUCGCGAUGAUGAGUUUUCUUGUGAUAAUGGCAGUCAUUGCGUUCCAUUAUAUAAAAAAUGUGAUAGCUAUCCGGACUGUGAAGAUUAUUCAGAUGAAUCUGGAUGCGAAACUAAAGAAUGUCGAAGAGAUGAAUUUACUUGUGGUAACGGUCAAUGUAUUUAUGAUUCUCAAAAGUGCGAUGGCUAUAAAGAUUGCGAUGAUGGUACAGACGAAGUUCAUUGUUUUCAAGAAUUAGAAUGUUUGCCUCAUGAAAUGUCUUGUGACAACAAUACAAAAUGUAUUCUAAGCUCUCAAAAAUGUGAUGGAUUUGCUCACUGUACGGAUAACUCAGACGAAUUUGAUUGCGAAAGAAAGGACUGUGCCAGAGACCAAAUAUCUUGCGAUGGAGGAUCAGUUUGUAUUAGCCGAGGACAGGUGUGCGACGGAAUUUUUGAUUGUAAGGAUACUUCUGACGAGAACAAUUGCGAUGAAGAAUGUCAUCACGAUGAAUUUUUAUGUAGAAGUGGCCACUGUAUACAAUUUUCGCAAAAAUGUGAUGGCUAUGACGAUUGUGGUGAUGGUUCGGACGAAAUCGAUUGUAUAAGAGAAUGCCGAUCUGAUGAAUACCAGUGUCGGAACGGGGCAUGUAUAUUGAGAAGCCAACUCUGUGAUAAUCAUUACGAUUGCCGCGAUCGGGAUGACGAAGACAAUUGUCCGAACGAAUGUACUUCUGAGCAAUAUCAGUGUCAUGAUAGAUCGAAAUGUAUCAGUAACGAUCAAGUAUGCGAUGGUGACGAAGAUUGUCCUAAUGGUGAUGACGAAGAAAAUUGUGACGAAGCUGAAUCUUAUAGUGAAAGUAACACUUUAGUGGAUAAUUCACCGUUUGAAAAGUAUGUUCCCACAUAUAAUCCAAAAACUGCAUGCAAAGGUAGCUCAUUUAAAUGUCGUAGUAGUGGUGUGUGUUUGCCAAUGGCUUUGAAAUGUGAUGGUGCAUUUCAUUGUAAUGAUAAAUCAGAUGAAGAACAUUGUCAAAAUAUUACACUUACAACAACAAAAUCACAUUUCCAAUCUUAUAAAACAACAAAAAUGUCAGAUUUUACGAAAGCUAGCACCACGAUUAGAACUACAACUAUUGCCGCACCAACAACAAAGAGAACAACGGCCAAAUACCGGCUCAGUACUACCACCACUUCUUAUAUGCCAAUCACGAGACGAAUGAGUGAUUGGUAUACAGAUUCUCACUUUUGUGAGAGUGGUUCAUUUCCUUGUGUCGACGACGAUCAGUACUCUAUAGCUUGUUUAUUUAGCAAUCUUACAUGUAACGAACCAUUACAAUGUUCGAGAUCUAUUACGGAUUCAGCCCCUUUAUGUCACUGCUAUCAGUAUAAGUUUGCAUGUUUAAACUAUGGGCAAUGUAUUCCAUUGAAAUUGUUAUGCGACAACAAAAAUGACUGCUUUGAUGGCAGCGACGAAAAAUUAUGUUAUUCGGAAGCUCCACAUACAACUCCAGAUGAUUGCGGAGCAGAAGAAUUUUAUUGUGAUCAUAAUUGUUUUCCGUAUUACUUUCGUUGCGAUGGUAUAUUUCAUUGUAUGGAUAAAAGAGACGAGACAGAUUGUCAAACAAAUGUAACAACAACAUCAAGUCCAAUCGAUGUACCGACUCGAUAUCCCUGCCCAGAACUUACAUGCGUAAACAAUGGUAAAUGUUACAAAUAUAGAGAAAAAUGCGAUGGAACUAAUGAUUGCGAUGAUGGAUCUGACGAAAGGGAUUGCUGCGGAUCGGAUCAAUUUACAUGCAGUAAUGGUAUUUGUGCACGCCAAUGCGAUGGAAGAUCAGAAUGUCCCGACGGAGCUGAUGAAGAAGGCUGUCCAUAUUAUGGAUGUCAAUCCUAUCAGUGGCGAUGUGAAAAUGGUCAAUGCAUUAAUUCCCAUUCAAGAUGUGAUGGGCGGCAUGAUUGUGAUGAUUAUUCAGAUGAACGCGGUUGUCAUCUCCAUGUAAAUGAUCAACACCGAAACAAAUUUUGUCCAAUUGAUACUUUUCGAUGUGAAAAUGGACAGUGCAUUUCAUUAGACCUAAAAUGUAAUGGACGCGUUGAUUGUCCCCAAGACGGAAGCGACGAAAUUUAUUGCGAAACAGCUAAUGAAAUAAAUCCACAUUUACCACCAUCAGAUCCCCAGUUAAAUAUAAAAACAUAUCCAAGCAGCCAAAUUAUCAAGGAAAGAUACAUUAGGGAGGGUCGUGAGGUUGUAUUUCGUUGUCGUGAUGAAGGUCCUUCCAGAGCCAAAGUGAAAUGGUCCAGACCGGGCGGUCGACCUUUGCCACGUGGUUUUACUGACAAAAACGGUCGUUUGGAAAUUCCAAAUAUACGGGUAGAAGAUUCUGGGGAAUAUGUUUGUGAAGCUGUAGGAUAUCCCGCAUUUACUAGAGGACAGAGUGUUAGUGUCAGCCUCACAGUCGAGAAAUACAAUCCAAUUUUGGAUCGACCUCCAUCAGCAUGUGGAUAUCAUGAAGCUACUUGUAUGAAUGGAGAAUGUAUAGAUAAAAACCGUAUUUGCGACGGCAUACCGCAUUGUUCAGACGGUUCAGAUGAACACAGUUGUAGUCAUGGUCGUAAAUGUAGUCCAAACCAGUUUAGGUGUAAGAAUUCUAAAUGUGUGGAUCGAAUAUGGCGUUGUGACGGCGAAAAUGACUGUGGUGAUAACUCAGAUGAAGAAAGCUGUGAUCCUAAUCCAAGCGAUGCUCCAUGUCGACAUGAUGAAUUUCAAUGCCGCAGUGGUCACUGUAUUCCAAAAUCGUUCCAUUGUGAUGGAACUAAUGAUUGUCGAGAUGGAACCGAUGAGGUUGGCUGUGUUGCUCCUGCAGUGAUAAGUCCACCACCUCCAAGAGUAGAUUUAUACCCAGGAACUGCAUUGAACAUUUCUUGUCGAGCUGUAGGAGUUCCUGUUCCACUAAUAGUGUGGCGUUUAAAUUGGGGUCAUGUGCCAGAAAAAUGUGAAUCAACUAGUCAAAACGGUUUGGGGAACCUUUACUGCCCAAACAUGCAAACUCAAGAUAGUGGAGCAUACUCUUGUGAAAUUAUAAAUACCAAAGGUGGCAUAUUUGUUACUCCUGACACAAUCGUUACGGUUAUUCGAGAUUCUGAAGAUAUUUGCCCAGCUGGAACAUUUAACAAUUUAGCUGUUCGGAAAGACGAAUGUAUUAGCUGUUUCUGUUUUGGUAUUUCAAAUCAAUGUAAGAGUGCUGAUUUAUACAUUUACGCGCUGCCUCCUCCGAUUACUUCACAUAAAGUAGUAGGCGUGGAGCCCACUCCUUCUGGUAUUCAAAUUGGCGAGUAUGAGGGGCAUAAUUUAAUAAAAACUAGACAUGGUGUUCAAUUUCGUGUAUCAAACGUUCCUUUCUCAAGGCGCCAAAUACCAUAUUUAGAACUUCCCUCCGAUUAUUCAGGAAACCAGUUAAAAUCUUACGGUGGAUUCAUAAAAUAUACUUUAACCUACUAUGGCCAUGGAAGAACAAUUUCAGCUCCUGAUGUCAUAAUAAUUGGUAACGGAUAUAGUUUAGCACAUAAAUCUCUCCAACCACCAAUCAGCAAUGGUCAAACGCAGUAUAAUGUUCAGUUUGCUCAAGGUCAGUGGGAAAAGCCAGAUGGACGUUUAGCUACACGUAGUGAAAUCAUGAUGGUACUAGCUGAAGUUGAAAGAAUAUUGAUUCGUUUAGAAUACAUUGAUGCUACGGAGCGUGAAGUAGAGUUGACUCAUAUUACAAUUGAUUCAGCUGCAGUUGAUGAUAGGGGCCUAGGUUCUGCAUCUUUAGUUGAAGAGUGCACGUGCCCAACUGGAUAUAUGGGCUACUCAUGUGAACGUUGUGCUCCAGGAUAUGUAAGACAAAGAAGCGGUCCGUGGCUCGGACGUUGCAUCCCUCACGUAAUAGAAUUAUGUCCACAAGGACAAUAUGGAGAUCCAAGUCACGGAAUUGCAUGUAAACCGUGUCCAUGUCCACUAACAAAUGCCGCAAACAACUUUGCAACUGGAUGUGUUUCAGGACCAGAUGGAGAACCAAUUUGUAACUGUCAGAUUGGCUAUACAGGACAUAGAUGUCAGCAAUGUGCUCCAGGUUAUGAAGGCAACCCUAUGCAACCGGGUAGCUACUGUCAAGCACGACCUUCAAAUGAGUGCCAUACUGAUGGAACGCAAAGAAUUCGUUCAAAUGGAACUUGUGAGUGCAAGUCUAGCGUGAUUGGACCAAAAUGUGACAUGUGCGCGACAAAUUCCUUCCACCUAAAUUCGUAUUCACACAGUGGUUGUAUUGAAUGCUUUUGUAUGGGCGUUUCACAAACUUGUUCAAGUAGUAAUUAUUAUAGAGACACAAUUCGUUCAAGUUUUUCAAACACAAGGGGAUCUCACGGAUUUACUUUAGUUAAUGACUAUGAAAACGAUAAACCAGAAUCAUUCGAAAUAAGAGAAACAAAUGAUCAAUUGAUAUUUCGCGGAGCAUCUGAUACAUCUGACGUACUUUAUUGGAGCUUACCAUCUAAGUUCCUUGGAGACAAAGUAACUGCCUAUGGGGGGGUACUAAAUUACACCGUUAGAUUUAGUCCAUUGCCUGGAGGACAAAGAUCCAGAAAUGUAGCCCCUGAUGUAGUUAUCAAGAGUCAAAAUGAUAUUGUUAUCUUGCAUUAUAAUAAGAACGAAAUAUCUCCGAGUGUUGCGUACACAUAUACAAUUCCCAUUGUCGAAAAUUCUUGGCAAAGGAAUGAUGGAGUGCUUGUUAAUAGGGAACAUUUAUUAAUGGCAUUAGCAGAUAUAGAAGCAAUUUACAUCAAAGCCACGUACACUACGGUUACACAAGAAGCUGCGCUCAUACAAGUUAGUAUGGACACCGCAAUAAGAUCAAAUACUGGACAAAAUAGAGCAGUUGAAGUUGAACAAUGCGUAUGUCCUUCUGGGUAUACCGGCCUAUCUUGUGAAGAUUGUGCUCCGGGCUACAAACGGUCUCAAGAGCAUGGUCUUUAUUUAGGAAUAUGCGAACUUUGUGAGUGUAAUGGCCACUCAAAUGAAUGCGACCCCGAAAGCGGUAUUUGUAUUAAUUGCCGGGAUAACACAAUUGGCCCGCAAUGUGAUCAAUGUUUACCUGGGUAUGAAGGUAAUUCAACUAUAGGAACGCCACAUGAUUGCGUACCCUUAGGUAGCGAUCAUUCAUUAUGCGAUCGAUGUGAUGAAAGGGGAGUGUUAAAUUGUGAAAAUAAUUAUUGCCAUUGUAAACCUAACGUGGAAGGAGAAACUUGUGAUAGAUGCCGCUCGGGUACAUUUAAUUUAGAUCACUCCAACCCCUUCGGUUGUGAAGAAUGUUUUUGUUCUGGAGUAACGUCCUUCUGCACUCAAGCCAAUUUUUAUAAAGAAUUUAUACCUUUUGAUUUCAUUAGUAACAAGCCUAUUAUAAGUGAUGCUGAUGGUAUGCUUGUAGAUGAAGACAACUUAGAUUUCGAUAUAGUGCAUAAUCUUUUUACAUAUUUAACACCAUCUUACACACAAAAAUAUUGGAGUUUAUCUGGUCGUCUAUUAGGAGAUCAAAUAAAGUCUUACGGCGGGAAUUUAGAAUUUAAAUUAGAGGUUGAGAGCAAUGGACAUUUUGAACCGGGGAAAGAUGUCAUCUUAAUGGGAAAUGGUGUAAUAAUUUAUUGGUCUCGUCCACCUGGAGGAGAAAAUUUAAAAAAUUUUGCCAUACGCUUAACUGCUAAUAACCAAUGGUACAGGCAAGAUACGUACAGCUCGCCAUACCCAGCUUCAAAAACUGAUAUAAUGACGGUUUUAGCAAAUAUUGAUCACAUUUUAAUAAGGGCUACACCGUCGAUUCCAACACUUAAAUCUUCGUUAAGCGAUGUUGUUAUGGAAACUGCAGAAAGUUCUGGCAUAAAACCCGCUUUAAUAGAAUUUUGUUCUUGCCCGGAAGGAUAUGAAGGAACAAGUUGCGAGAAUUGUUCGCCAUUAUUUUAUCGAAACAUAUCUCAAACGGAUAAAGGAUAUUUUGGGGCAUGUCAACCUUGUCAUACUUGGUGCACUGACCAAACUGAGUCCUGUGAAAUGAGUGGAACAGGUUAUGUUAAAUGUCAUUGCAAACAAGGAUAUUCUGGAGAUCGAUGCCAAUAUGGUUUUAAGGAUGGUCAAGAUAUAAAUAAAACAACAACAUCGCCUUGUUGUAACCAAUAUGUCGUGAAAUGGAAUAAGAAGCCAAUUGUAUAUGAUAAAUACUACAUAUAUGAUAAAAAUAAAAUUAAAAGUGGAGAGCUUUUUUUCGCGAAGAAUUGUUCAAGAUCACAUUUAGGUAAACCAAGCCCUUCUAUUCCACAUACCGAAAAACCGCAAGCUAUAAUAGAAGUUCGAAUCGACAGUCCAACUUUAAGCAUUAUACCAGUUGGUGGAUCCCUCACAUUAACUUGCAGAGCAAUAAUGUUAGCCACACGUGCACCAAUUAAUGUCAAAUGGCUCAAACUAGAGGAUAAUUUGCCUUAUGAUGCUGAACAAAGUAAUGGUAUUUUGAGGCUUUAUAAUCUCCAAGUACACGACUCAGGUGUAUACGUUUGCCAAGCACAAAGUGGUAAUGAAGUUGUGGAAGAACAAAUUCCUAUUAAUGUUGGUCGAUCAGAACCAACAGAUGCUCCAACAAUUCGUAUAAGACCAGAAAACAUUAUUGAAGCCGAAGAGUUCCAACCGGUUGAAGCAAUAUGUGAGGCUUAUGGUAAUCCUACACCAAACGUUCAAUGGACGAGAAUUGACAAACAAAUGUCAUCUGAUAUUGAAAUAGAAAAUGAGCGGCUCUAUAUUUCAUCGAUUCAAAGAUCAGAUGAAGGAUCUUAUCGAUGUACCGCUUAUAACCAAUUUGGAAGGUCUGAAGAAUCUUUACAAAUAUAUGUCAAAUCUACUCAACCAAAUAAUUUGCUACCACCGCUUCAAGAUAUUGUUGUUGUGGAGCCGCCCUCAUACAACGCUCGAACUGGAGAAAAAAUUACUCUUCUUUGCGAAUUAAGAAAGCAGUUUAUAGUUGAAUACGAAUGGCUAAAGGAUGACAACAAAUUGUACAAAAAUCAAAACAUUAUAAUUAAUGGAAAUGAACUAACUAUACGUAAAGCAGCUCCACAUGACACAGGAAAUUAUAUAUGCAGGGUUAUAGAUCAGUCAAAUGGAGAUACAUAUAGUUCAACAUCAUACGUUCAUGUCGAAGCAACUGACGAAUUUCCUCAUGGAAAGGAUGAUGAAGUUCAUGUAAGACCCUUGCAAGAAAAAUAUGUCGUCGUUCAGGGGCAAGAUUUGGAUAUUACAUGCGAGGCUUCUGGAGCAAAUCGUCCAAUAAUCAAAUGGACCAGAUUACAUGAGCAAUUGGACUCAAGUAUUCAGAUAAGGGACAAUACUUUGAGCAUUAAAAACGCUCAACCACAUCAUCGUGGCUUAUAUAUUUGUAUUGCAGAAGGUCCAAGCGGAACAACAAGUGAAGCUCAUACUAUAAUAGAUGUUGAGCCUCGGGAACGUCCACAGGUUGAAAUUUAUCCAACUGAACCACAAGAAGUACGUAUUGGGGAUCGAGCUAUACUUGACUGUAGAACAGUAGCUGGUAUACCCGAACCUAGAAUAUCUUGGCGAAGGACCGAUGGUCUUCCGUUAUCAUCCCAAAUCAAAGAAGAAUAUCAAGGAAGAUUAAUAAUUAACAAUAUAAAAGAAGAAGAUGCCGGGACUUACGAAUGUAUUGCUGAGAACUUAGCAGGCAAAGCUAUAGGCUCAACAUCUUUAAUAAUAGUUCAGCCAGCCCAAAUAACCCUCGUUCCAAAUACAACAGAGCUUCAUCUAACCGAAGGAGAAGAGCUAAAACUUUUAUGCAUCGCAAGUGGUAUUCCUCCACCAAAAGUUAAAUGGACAUUAGAUCAAAGUUUUAAUCAGCAUUCAGAAGCGUCAAUAUCACAAGCUGAAAUUUAUAUUCCCAAAACAAGUUUAAAUGAUGCUAAGUUAUACACUUGUGAGGCUGAAAACAGUGGGGGCAACGAUAUACGUUACAUAAAUGUCCGCAUUGAAAGAAGACGGGGAGAUACAGGAAUUCAUGACGUUGUAGAACCAACAACUCAUCGUUAUCCAGUUAGACCAACCUUCACACCAAGUAAUUUGGAAACUCAUCCGGUAGAAAUAGGCGAGCGAGCAACACUUUCAUGCAAUACGAUUGAUGAACAAAACCGCGAUGCCUCAUUACGAACCUUUUGGACUCGAGUUGACGGACGACCUUUACCAACUAACUCUCUUACUCAAGGGAAUGAUUUAAUUCUUUUUGAUAUAAAUUAUGAUUCAGUUGGUGUAUAUAGAUGUAACGUAAUUGGUCCAAAUGGAAAUCCUAUACACUAUUUCGAUGCAAAUGUUAUAAUAAGUGAUCUUCCUCAUAUUACUUUAUCACCUGAGAUGCCAAUGACAGUUCGUUUAGGAGAAACUGUCGAUGUUUACUGCAACGUCAGUGGAGCACAACCUAUCAGAGUCGAAUGGCAUGCUGAAAGUAGAAGACCUAUGCCCCCGUCGGUCAGAGCCGAAGGACCUUACCUCAGAUUCCAUUCCAUAAAAUAUAGUGACGCUGGCCGCUAUUAUUGCACUGCAGCUAAUCUUUUGGGUAACGCAACAAAAGUAGCUGAAGUGAUUGUCAAUCGAGGAGAAACUAUUUAUGAUAGACCACCGGCGCAUAUUACCCGUCAUGAAAUACAAGAAGGCCAAGAUGUGAAAUUGAAUUGCGAUCUCCCAGCACAACCAGGUUUAACAUAUUUAUGGCAAAAAGAACAUGGUGCACUUCCCCAAUCCGCAUAUGAAAACAACAAUAUUUUAUUGUUACGUCAAGUGAGCAUACAUGAUGAGGGACGCUAUAUAUGCAAAGUAAUUUCCCCUGAUAACGGCAUAAUUACUCAAACUUCUGUUGAACUCAUCGUAAAACGACGUAGCAGCAAAAGUGAGAUUUAUUGCAUGAUAUUCUAUAUCUGUACAGACUACGAAACUUCUAUGGUCAUUACGCCAUCAGGUUAUACCUGCAACUCUUAUGAUUUUAAAUGUAAGUCACAUCCACGAACAUGUAUACACCCAAAUAGAAUAUGCGAUGGUAUAUACGAUUGUAUUGACCAUUCAGAUGAAUUAGAAUGCAAUCGUCGUAAUAAACCUCAAAAAAUUUUAGCAGUAACUAAAAAAAGCAAAACAACUACAUUUGAAAUUAGCCAUAAAAAAAAUAUCAAGAAGGUGAAUAGUCGGCACAAAAGGUGGAGACCGGAUCAACUAAGUAAAAAUAAAAAAAGCGCUACUAGACCUGAAAACGUGCAUACUUUACCAAUUUUGAAAUUGGAUCAGCAGGAAGCUUACUUAAAAGUAGGGGAAUCAACCGAAGUGGAAUGCCAAUCAUUUGACAAAAGAUAUCCAGUUGUUAUUUGGGAAAGAGCUGACGGUCGACCACUACCCAGAAAUGUUAAACAAAUCGGAAACAAAUUAAUCGCUCAAAAUGUUGAUCAAAAUUCAGCUGGCAGUUAUGUUUGUAAAUGCAAAACAGAUGAAGGCGAUUUAUACACAACCAGUUUUGAAUUGAGAAUUGAAGAAGAAGAAUUAAGACCAAGGAGGAGACCCAGAACGCAGCAUGCCAAAGUGGAAUCAAAUGCUAUUCUCAAAUGUGACGCGGACAACUAUCCUUUAAGCGUAAGAUGGUCACGACAACAUGGGCAUAUUAAACAUGGCACAGAUAUACACUCAAUGGAAAUAAAACUGAACAAUGUGCAAGCAAGUGAUGCUGGAACUUAUAUAUGCACACUAACACAAAAUGGAGAAUCAAUUGAUCAACCAAUUAUCCUAGUAGUUACAGGCUCAAUACCUCAAUUUUCACAAAAUCCACUAAGUUAUAUGUCAUUUCCUACCCUUGAGUCGCCUUACAUGAAAUUUAAUUUUGAGAUAACGUUUAAACCCGCGCAACCGAAUGGUCUAAUAUUAUACAAUGGUCAAAAAAAAGCAAGCGGUGAUUAUAUUUCAUUAUCAUUAAAUGAUCGCUAUCCCGAAUUUCGAUUUGAUUUUGGAACAAAACCAACAAUCGUUAAAUCUGAAAAACCAAUUUCUUUGAAUGAAUGGCAUAGUAUAAAAGUCAGCCGAAUAAGACGAGAUGGUUAUCUUAUUGUAGACGAACAAACUCCAAUAGCGUUUCCACCCGUACAAACCGCAGGACUUGAUCUAGUAGAGGAUUUGUAUAUCGGAGCUGUACCGAAAUGGGAAGACUUAGCCCCGAACGCAACUGAAACUAAAACUGGUUUUGUUGGUUGUAUAAGUCAAUUAGUUUUGCAAGACAGACCAGUUGAACUUAUAAAAGAAGCGAAACUAAAGGAAGGGAUAACUUCAUGUCAACCGUGUGCAGAUAAACCUUGUGAAAAUGGUGGAAUAUGUUUGGAAAGUCAAACAGCGACAGGAUAUUUGUGUGUUUGCGAUGACGGUUUUACUGGAAAAACUUGUGCUAUUGUAGGCGAUAAAUGUACACCUGGAAUUUGCGGUCCAGGCAGAUGCCAGGACACUGAUUUCGGUAUUGCUUGCUUUUGUCCUUUAAAUAAAACGGGUGACAGAUGCCAAUAUAAUGAACAUUUGGACGGUUCAGUGUUAUCUUUCAAAGAUGGAAGCUAUGCGGCAUAUAAGACACCAAGGCCAUCUAAAUUAAAUAUCAAAUUUAGUGUUAAGCCAAAUAAUUUAGAAGAUUCUGUUAUUUUAUACGUUGCGGAAUCUGAACGCGCAAACGGAGAUUUCUUUGCGGUUUUGUUGAAAAAUAAACGGAUCGAAUUAAGAAUCAAUACCGGAGCCCGAGUAAAACCUGUUAUUGUUACUUCACAAAAUGAAAUUGAAGCUAACAAAUGGACUGAAGUUGAGGUAGGUAGACGAGUCGGUGAAGGAAUUCUCAAAGUUGGCAAUGAAUUAGAGCAAACUGGUAAACAGGCUGGACCAGCGCGUAGCUUAUAUUUGAAAACUCAUUUGUUUAUUGGUGGUUACGACAAGAGAAUUCUUUUAAACAGAGAUAUUGAUAUUCAUAGAGGCUUUGAUGGAUGCAUUUCUAUGCUUGAAGAAUCAAGCCGUAAAAUAAAUUUGAUUGCUGACUUACUUGAUGCAGCAAAUAUUCAGAAUUGUGGUGAUAACAACGAAAUAUUUUACCAACCUCCCACUCACCAAAUUACACCCGGUCGACCAAAUAAUGACGAAAUUAACAAACAAAACGCAUGCGUAAGUGAUCCUUGUGAAAAUUAUGGAACAUGCAUUCUUUUACCCGGGAAUAAUUACAAAUGCCACUGUCCGUUAGGAUAUUCAGGAAAUAAUUGUCACGAACAUGUUCAAUUGGAUACGAACUGUCAAUUCAAUGGUGAUGGGUACUUGGAACUGAAUAGAAGUGUAUUCAGCGAAAAGGAACAUCAGCUUGAAUCUUUUAUAGCUAUGUUAUUUUCUACCAAGCACCCAAAUGGUUUGCUUGUAUGGUGGGGCCAACCUAAGGACAUGCAAUACAACGGACAAGACUUUAUAGCUUUAGCUAUAAACGAAGGUAUACUCGAAUUUUCUUUCCGUUUAGAUGGCGAAGAAAACACUGUACAAAGUGCUUACACAAAAGUUGAUGAUGGAAGUAGGCACAUUGCCAUUAUAAAGCGGUAUGGAAACGAAGUUAGUUUAGAACUAGAUCAUUUAAUUGAGCACGGAGAAACAAAGAGGCCUACUCUUAGGAAUACAAUGAUACUGCCAGGCAACGUUUUCAUAGGUGGGGCACCUAAUUUAGGUGAAUUUACAGGAAACCGUUAUCCAACCGGAUUUGUUGGUUGUGUUCGAGUUGUUGAGACCGAUGAGGGCGGCCCUGUAAACUUAGGUCAACACGCUGUUAGCGCUCUAAAUGUGGACGUAUGCCCAAGUGACGAUUUUGAUGAUUUAGAAGGUCCAGAACCACCAGUAGUUUAGUUUUUUAUAAUUUGCCAUAAAUUUUUAUUAUUAAUUAUGUGUAUGUGUUUUUAAUGCAACUAUACUAAAUAACAAUUUUUAAAAUUAGUCAUUUUUAAAUCAAUGAAAAUUCAUUUUAAGGUGUUAUUUAAUUUCUGUUAUAAUUCGACUACAUUUUAUAAUCGUUGAUUUAUUUUAAAACAGAAAACGAAUAUCUACAUAGUUAAUUUGUAAAAAAAAUGUAAAAAAAAAUCGAAUUAAGUUACGAACAAAUUGUAUGUAAAUGUAUUAAAAACUAUUUUUAUUUGGUAAUUUUUAGCUUAAAUACAAAAAAUAAUUGAAGCACUAAACUAUUAAUGAAUAACUACAUAUAUAUAUAUAUAUAUAUAUAUAUAUAUAUAUAUAUAUAAAUAUAUCUUUAUAUAUAUAUAUAUAUAAUAGACACGUAAUAUCAUUCAUCAUAGUUAUGCAAAAUUAAAUUCAAUAAUAACUUAACAUUAUUUCUAUUAUGUCAAUUUAAAAACAGAAAUAAAGAAAACUGUAGAAAUACGACACUAUGAAAUGCCUGCUUAAAAUAAAAUAACUAAUAUAAAUUUAAAUACGCAAUGUAAAAGCAUUUAAAAUUAUGAAAAUAUUAUUUUAAGGAUUAAUCUACAUUA